AUGGCAACAGCCUCAGCUACACUCUCUCUAACCACAUUGGCUGCUGCCCCUGUUGGCAAUCCCAGGAGGAGAACUAGCGUUAAUGUAAAUUAUACUACACGAUUGAAUUCUUUUAGUGGGCUAAAAGCUCAUAACAAUGUGGUCUCACUAGGGCAACCGGUAUGCACCGAGCAAUCUUUUUCAAAGGUUGUGAGCUCACUGAAAGCUCCAUCAAAGGGGAAAGGUAAGGGAGGUGGUGCCCUCUCUUCAACCUGCAAUGCAGUUGGUGAGAUAUUUAGGAUUGCAGCAAUCAUUAAUGGCCCUGUUCUCAUUGGAGUUGCUGUGGGAUUUAUUCGUCUUCGAAUUGAAGCAUCUUUGGAAGAGGCCGAGUGA